CUACGUAGUAGUGUCGGCAAAACAACUCACAGGGGUAAUACACAUUUACUCGGCUCCGGAUAUAGCCACUAGUCCGCAAACUCAGGCCCGUGUUGUCAGAAUAAAGCCGAUUUGAAUACACGUAUCUCCGACAUGUGCUCUCUACGUUCCAGUGUCCGAAGGUGCGGAUAGAAAAAGCUGCUUCAUCACCUUGAGAUUCUUGCCAAAGACCUUUACCAUAUCACAAUCGUUCGGUGAACCAUCAAAUUCAUUGGUUCUUGGCGGUUGCAACCCUUAAAAUGAAUGGUACACAACAGAAACUCACUUGGCUCGUGACAGGCUCUAGUAACGGCAUAGGGCUGGCUCUGGUUAGAUACAUCUUGAACACUGGAGAUAAUGUCAUUGCCACAUCUCGAAAUCCAUCCAAGACCCCUGAACUUGUCAAGGAGGUCGAAUCGCAUCUGAACGGGAGAUGGAUUACGUUAGACAUCUCAUGGCCCCAGGAUAAGAUAACUCGAACCAUUGAGGAAGCUGAUAUCCUGUUUGAAGGGGGAAUAAACGCAAUUGUCAACAAUGCUACAUUUGCGAUUGCAGGCGCAAUUGAGGAUAUUCCUGAGGAGGAUGCAAAAGCCGAAUUUGACAUCAACGUAUGGGGGACACUCCGCGUCUGUAAAGCGAUCCUGCCUCUGAUGCGCCAGAGAGGGCGCGGUACUAUCGUGCAAAUAAGCAGCCUUCUAGGGCUUGUUGUCUUCCCUGCGCUGGGUAUAUAUUCCGCGUCCAAAUUUGCGCUCGAAGCUAUCUCGGAGGCCAUUUCGCAAGAAACAUCUUCGUUCGGGAUCCGCACGCUGAUCGUGAAUUUGGGUUCAUUCCGGACAAAUUUCCUUGCGCCAGAUGCAAUGCCUGUACAUGAGCCUUCGGAGCCGUACAAAGCGCCGCACGCCGUUGCCGUCUCACUUCAAAAUGAGCACAACAAGCAUGGAAAACAGCCAGGAGACCCUGAAAAGGCGGUGAAAAUCAUACAUGAUGCCGUAAGCGGCCGGGACCCGAGUUUGACCAAGGUCUUGAGGCUACCACUAGGGGAGGAUUGUUGGGGCGCAACGAUGGCUCGCGUAGAUCAAAUGCGGAACGACAUCGAUGGCUGUAAAGAGGCUGCGUGUAGCACCAAUCAUUCUACAUAGAUGAGAGAUGCUCAAUGCCGCGCAACUUCAAACUUAAUGUAUGUCUUGGCUGCUGUGUAAGUCGUUUGCCACUAGUCCCCGGUUGGGUAGAUGUGUGACCUACCCGUGACUUGGGUGACGACGCUCCUCUCCCUUGUUGAAACUUUGCAUCAUAGUGGAACUUACGAGAAACAUAU